ACGAACGACAGAGUAGGUUAGGUUAAAUCAAAGCUUAUAACAAAACAAGAAGAACCGGUAUAUUUAAAAUAAAUAGAGUAAAACAAAAGAUUGAAAUUGUUACACCGACAUGAACAAACAUAAUGUAACACUGAGGCUGUACAUUUUAGUUUUUUUUUAAACUGUGUCUUCUAAACAUGACGACGUUUCUUGGUGAAUGAAGAGCAAUCAGCUUUGUUUGUGCAUAUAUUCAUGUGGCUUUUUUGCAAACAAGAGAUAAAUAACGUUAUAAUGCUAUUUAUAAACAUCCUUUUUUACAUUGAGCAUAAAUUUUAAACACCGUUGCGCUACAUGUGGUUGAAAAUAAAUCACAAAUACAAUACACCAGGAUACGCCUGACUGCUAUACUUACAGCCCUUUGUUUACAAUGUCUCCAUAGCAGCCACCAUGUGACAAGGCGUCGAACUUGCCAGUUCCGGGACGAUCACACAGUUAAAAAGCUGGACUGGUUAUUGCUAGAUAACAUUGUCGCAGUGUAAGCGAUUCACACAGCUGGGAGCUACACUAAACUGAAAGAUGCCCUUCAUUAACAUUCUGCUAGUUGGAAAAAUUGGACAAGGUAAAAGCUCAACAGGGAACACUAUUUUACAAAACAAAGAUGCUUUUAGAAUAUCGAACGGGGUAUCGCCAGCAACAUCACAUACCAUUGCGAUGAGCUCAAUGUAUAAGGGAAUAGAAAUUCAAGUUGUGGACACCCCAGGGUUGUGUGAUACAAGACCGAAACAAGAAGGUUAUAACAAACAUCUACUUCGGAUGGCAAAGGCAAUGGAUAAUUAUCGUUACGAUGCUAUAGUCAUCGUAAUGAAAUACAACAACCAGAUUACUGCUGAAGACAUACAGACACUUGAAAUUGUACAAGAAACUUUUGGUGAGGCUUUUAUGAGACAUAACGGAAUACUUUUAUUCACCGGUGGCGACAUUUUUGAAACUGAGGAAGAAGUUGUGGAAGAGAAUUUAAGCUUUGAAAUGUGGUUGGCAAGAAAAGCUGAACCCGAAAUUCAAACUUUGAUUCAAGAAUGUGGUUCCCGUUCUAUCUUGUUUAACAACAACUUUAGAGAUGAAAGGGAAAACGAAAUACAGGUAGAAAAACUUAUAAUGAUGAUUGAUGGUAUGGGGUAUUUGAGUAAACCUUUUUUUAAAGGAACGGUAUUUGAAAGAAUGUGUUUUAUUACAGAGGGCUUGAUAGAUAUUGAUAUUAAUUUUGAGAAUCUUGAUCUUUCAAUGAAAUGUAUCCAUGAAUUACAAAUAGAAGCAGAUUCGAUUUACAACGAACUGAAAACAACCAAUGCUAGGGCUGCAGCCCUACUACUUGCUGUUGGCCUGCAGAGGUCUAUCAAAGAAUUAAAGGAAGAUCUUGACAACUUCAAAAAGAAUUCUGGGGCGGCAGAAAUGAAAACACACUAAAAAAAAUGCCAUAAAGAUACUAAACAAAUAAUAAUGGAUAAAAUUAUGAAUAAAUAAAAAUUCAGAAACAACGAUAGUGUGUUAAUGUCAUACAAAAACGAUUACAGCGUUCUAUGACAAGCUUUUAAACUAUUAACCAAAUGUAUAAAUAACACAAUAUGUUUUAGUAUUCAGAAAUUCUGAACUUUAUAUUUAUAUUUAGCAUAUCGAUUAUUGUUGUUUGAUCUGAAUUUUUAGCACUUGUAUAAGUUGUUUAAAGAUUUAUAUUUCACAACGUUUCAUUUGGUAGAGUAUUUGUAUUAAUUUUAAUGAUU